CAAACGAGCGGUUCUUAUUGUUCACUUAAGUGAGCCGUUCUAAAAAAAAACGACUCGUUCGCCAAAGUCACAUCUCUUGUUUACUUCCGGUUUUCCGGUGGCUAGCCAGCAGAAGCGACUCGUCAACGAUCGCUGCUCGAUGCGGGGCCGCCAUGAACAUCCUACCCAAGAAGAGCUGGCACGUCCGGAACAAGGACAAUGUGGCCCGUGUGAGGAGGGAUGAAGCCCAGGCUGCUGAGGAGGAACGUGAGGCCAAGCGACGAGUAGACAGAGCCGAGCAGGAGGCACGCACGGAAUAUCUGCGGAGGAAAGCAAGAGCAGCUCUCCAGUCAGCAGAAGGAGAAAGCCGGGAAGACAAAGAUGAGGGACAAAGUGUGGCUCCGGAGCACCUCAACCUGUUCCCUCUGGAGGACUCCUCCGAGAAGAAGGGCAACGAGGAGUACCUCAAGGAGAAGCAGGAGGAGAAGGAGAAACAGGAGCGCGCCAUCGGCCUGCUGGUGUCCCUGGGACCUCAGCCUGGGACCGAGGUGACGCCGUGGUACAUGAAGACAGGCCAGGAGAAGGAAGAGGAGAAGCAGAAGCAGGAGAAGGGCAAGACCAAGGAGAUAAGCGAGGAGGAGAAGGAGAGGAAAGAUCGCCGGCUGAAGGACAGCUUGGACCCGCUGAAAGACAUGCGCCAAGCAGUCGGCGGGACGCCCAUGAAGACUCACAAGAAGAAGGACAGGAGAGACAGAGGAGAGAAGAGGAGCAGUGGGGAAAGCUCCAUAGAGCGACUCCGAGCCGAGCGCCUGCAGAGGGAGGCGGAGGAGCGGCGGCGAGCUCAGACUCUCCUGGCUCAGCGUAACGGAAAGGACAAGCAGGCGGCGAAGGAGCUGAGCGAGCGUGAGAGGCCGUACAACAACGCUUACUUCCCCGAGCUGGCUCGGAAGAGACAGAGGCGGGACAGAGACAGCUGGAGGGACGAGAUUUUAAAAUCCUGAACUCUUCUUACUCGCAAACCAAGUAAGACACUGAUGCAGUUGUCUGCUUCAUCAAGUCACAGAAAAUGUUUCCGCUCAAUCAACCGCAACUCGCCAAUACGUGCAGCACUCGUGCAGCCCCAGGCCACACCAGCCAUCUUGCUCCUUGACUCCAUUUCUGCAGAAGGUAAAGCUCUACUGCACAGGUGUCCGCGAGACGUCACUAGUUUAAUGAAAGCAAUCUAAGGGAGAUUGCCUUUAUUGUGGUAGUCUUAACAAUUGUCCAGGUGUUAUCAUGUCGCCAGCUAGUGGACAAGGUGAAUCAUAUCACUCUCAUAGAACGCAUGCACAGCAUUCACUUAUAUGGCCCUUUGCAAACGAACUUCCUUAGUCAUGGUGCAAAAAAUAAAAUACAAAAUGUCAACACACAUUGUCACACAUAAAACUCACUGAACUUUAUAAAAAAAAAACGUCAAUGCACCAAAAAAAUUAAUAAAAUCACACCCAUUUAAAUCCCUUCCAAAGCAAGAUGGGAAAAAUGCGAGACACUCUCUCCACACUUAUCAUGUUUGGCACAUUUUAGCUGCUUGAUAUUCCUGAUUGAUUACAAAACGUUAAGGAGGUCGUCAUAGAAGAAAGCAAAGUAGAAGUCGAACUUUCACAUACUCUUAAUAUCCAAAUAAAUUAAUUAUUAAUGAUAUAUCCGUUAUAUUAAUAUAGUAUGUAUAUAAAUAUAUGUGUAGGGUACACACACACACACACACACAUAUAUAUAUAUAUAUAUAGUUACUUUACAUGCAGUCGGCUUUCGGCCCUUGACCAAAUUUAUUUUAGCCCAAUGAGGCCCCCAAGUUAAUGUUUGGACACCCCUGCUCUACAGCAUACACGCUGUACACGGACUACUCUAAAGUACAUCAAGUUGACCUUCUUUCGUGACGUUGGAUGAAAUGUGAGGAGUGAGAUAUAUUUACAUAUUUUGUAACCCUUGUGCGCACUGUGAUGCCAAUACACUAUCUCCACAGUCUCAAUUGUUCAAAAUAAAUGUCGUCAACUCAUUACCACUCA